AUGAGCAGCAGCAGCUUGGAGACCCGAGCGCUGGAGCGGUUGGUGCCGCGGUGCCUGGUUGAGGUUUACGAGGGUGCUCUGGCGUUCAUCGACAUCUCUGGCUUCUCGCGCCUCUCUGAGCUGCUAUCCGAGCGGCAUGGUGCUCAGGGUGCCGAGCUGCUGCAGACCUACAUCAACCGCUACUUUCGCUCGCUCAUCGAGGCGGCGCUUGCCUCUCCGCCCACCGCCCUGCAGUGGAUCGUGGUCGCUCACGGCGGCGACAUCCUGAAGUUCGCCGGCGACGCCUUCAUCGCCUCCUGGCGUGCCGACUCGGCCGCCUCUGCUCCCGGCCAGGCGGCCGGUGGUGGCGCUACCUGCGGCAGCAGCAGGGGCAGCAGGGCGGGCCGCGGGAGCUGCGCCCAGACCUUCUUCGACGGCGACGCUCUGGCGGCCGCGCUGAGGCCCGGGAGCCAGGCGAGCGGCGACGCCUCCGAGCCGGAGCCGUCUGUGCUCGGCUGCUGGUGCUCGAGCUCGACGGCUUCGUGGUAG